UCAGACGGUCUCAGUAGCGAUUCAGUACAUCUCGAUUCAGUAUCCCCUCUUACUCAGUUAGUGACGCAAAAACAGAAAAAAUGAUACGGCUGAUCAGCAUCGCAACGAUCAUUGGAAUCGCGUUGAUGGGCAUCUUCGCGGAGGUGGAGUUAUAUUCUGACAAAUACGACGACAUCGAUAUCAUCAAUAUCCUCAAUAAUGACAAAUUGAGAGACCAACAUCGCAAAUGUUACAUGGGAAAGGGACCGUGCCCAACAGCGGACAUGAAGUUCUACAAAGAAAUCAUUGGCGAAGCUCUUGUAACAAAAUGCAAAAGAUGCACCGAAAAGCAAAAGCAAAAUUUGGAUAAAUUAACCGAAUGGUAUACGACAAACCGACCAGAGGAAUGGGAGGAGUUCGUCGCGACACUUAUAGUAAAUAUGAAGAAGGAAAACGGUGAACAAUAGUCAUCGGUGAUAUUGGCGACGAUAACCAUACGGACCGAUAAUAUUACUUAAUGUUAACUGGCGUUAAGCGUUUUAUUUUUGUAGACGUUCUCGAGGAAGAAUUUAAUGUUGAAAUAUUGCAACGAACACUUGUAUCCAUAGGUAUCCAUGGGCUGUUAAAAAUUAAUUAACAAUGAUAUUCAAUUUUCACAGCUACUUAACGGAAUUUUUCUAAUAUUUUUUAUUGCAUUUCAUUUUUUUAAUCUUCUAAUACAAACUGCGCCGUUUGUCCGUCAUUGCACAUUUGCUGGGCAAAUCUGCAAACAUGCAAAAAAAGAGACAACAAAAACAGAUGCCCUCCUCCCGUAUACUAAUUAUUUCACGAAAUUCCGAUCGCAUUCUUUUCGCUAACGGCGUUAAACGACUCUUCGAGAGACAACAGACGGUGCGUGUCGUCGAGAACAAAUCAUCUUGAAUCAAAUUAAAUCUAUCGAAUCGGCGUGUCAGUGGAUUCUCCCGAGAAAAAAACGAAGAGCGUGUUGUGUAAUUAGUUCACAUAUACGAAAUCCUAACCGGCGCUUCAAAAAUCAAAGUGGUCCGCUUUCUCUUCUGUGAGACAUCUGAUCAUAAAGGCCACAAAAGUUAAGCCAUAGAUCUAACGAAUGUCGAUUGUUAUACGAAGUAUAAUCAAGCGUGGGAAGAUCUUUUCAUCGCGGACCAAACUUACAAUAAGAUGCAAUGCGUUUCCUGGAAUCCAAAUAAAUAUCUUACGCCUCUCUUCUUCUUACGUUAACGAUGAUAUACAUAUCAAAUGUUAUAUUAUGUGCGUUCCAUUAUUAUUGUACAUUAGUUGUAGAGAAACAACUAAUCAAUUUUGUAAAGAUUAUUUGUUAAUAAAAAACUGUCAUUAAAAAAAAAAA